AUGUAUCCCACUUUGGAGUCUGAGGAUGAUGAAUUCGAGAAGCUUGUGGCUCCACAUAGAUUGAGUCUAGUUGGAAAAUUCUCGUAUGGCCGUCCUAAAAUAGAGAAAAUCCAUAAGGUGUUCAAGAAGAUUGGAUUUAAUGGCGGUUAUACUUUGGGUCUCAUGAACCCUCGACAUGUGUUGAUAAGAUUCGAACAAGAAGAUGAUUAUCAAAGGUGUUGGAUACGUACGUUUUGGAACAUUGCCGGCUUCUCGAUGCGAAUUUUGAAAUGGAAGCUGGGGUUUCGUUUUGAGGAAGACCCGCUUGUGGUUCCAAUUUGGGUAUCACUUUUUGACCUUCCGGUUGAAUACAUGUAUCCAGAGGUCAUUUAUUCCAUGGCCACUGCUAUAGGGAAGCCAUUGAAGAUUGAUAAGCCAACGCUCAACAUGACAAGGCCCUUUGGCGCGAGAUUUUUCGUCGAAGUAGACCUCACCAAAGAAUUCCCCAAAUCUGUGAAGAUUGGAAAGAAGGGGCGCAAGCAUGAACAUGUAUUCACUUAUGAGCAUGUCCCUUUCUAUUGCUCUAAGUGCUGCAAGAUUGGCCAUAAAGAAAUUAAUUGCCGCGUAGGGAAGCCAUUGCCACUGAAAAGUGAUUCUGGGAAGGAGAAGAAUCCGGCUGUGGUGAAGAAAGGUGUUAAAUUGCAUGGCCCCAAAGUGAUUUUGGGAUCAAAGCGUAGCCAGGGUCAAGGUGAUCCGAAGGUUGAUAUAAUCAAUAUGAAUCCGUUGAUAGUGAGAGGUGUCGAGUCGAAGAAGUCACAGCUUGUUUCAACCCCUGCGGAAACCCUAAUCGCGCCUUCCCCUCCACCUGCUCCGACCUUAGAACGAAAUGAACCAGCUACUAUGCAGCACGAUGAUUUGAACAGGUCGAGUGAGGUUCCGCAAUCUAAUAAGUGUCUGGUUCUUCAGGUCAUUGAUGAUGCUGGUGACAAUGAUGAAGAUGUUGAAGAUGUCUUCACGGAAGAGAGAGGUGAUAGAGAAUUGGCAGUGAUAGAUAAAGAUAACCUUCUUCGGGCUGAAGAUGAUUCAAUGACUAAGCAACAAUUCUUCCCAGAUGAUUCGUUUGAGCCGAAAUGUGAAGAUGAUGUAGAGGAUUUACAUGUUGGCCGAUGGUCAGAAGGGGAAAAAGAGGAAGCUGAUUUAGUCCGUAAAGAUCAAGGUGAACUCUCUGUCAAAAGUAAGCGAGGUCGAAAAUCAAAAACGGAGCAAGCUAAGUUGCUGGAAGGUAAAGAGUUGUGGCGGUCUCUCCGCCUUCAAUAA